UUUCAAACUCUCACUUGAGUAAACAGCAGUUACGAAAACGCAAUGAAGAUUCAUAAACUCUGUUUUCUUGCUCUGCUCUUAGCUCACACCACUUCCGCCGUCAACCUCAACCUCAACCUCAAAACCUCAGAGUUGGUCUUCCUUGGAGACGCUGAGCUCGGUCCUGCUUCUGAUGGCGUCAGCCGCUCCGGAGCUCUCUCCAUGACACGAGACGAGAACCCAUUCUCUCACGGCCAAAGUCUUUGGUCCACUCCAGUCCCUUUCAAGCCUUCUUCAAACUCUUCUUCUCCUUAUCCAUUUGAAACUUCUUUCACUUUCUCCAUCUCUACUCGCAUCAAACCCGCCCCUGGUCACGGCCUUGCUUUUGUUGUCGUCCCUUCCAUUGAAAGUGACGGUCCUGGACCCGCUGGAUACCUCGGGAUAUUCAACAAAACCAACAAUGGCAACCCCAAAAACCACAUCUUUGCUGUCGAAUUCGACGUUUUUCAGGACAAAGGUUUUGGAGACAUUAAUGAUAACCAUGUCGGGAUUAAUAUCAACUCUGUUACUUCCGUUGUUGCUGAGAAAGCUGGUUAUUGGGUUCAGACAGGAAUUGGGAAAAUGAAACACUGGUCGUUUAAAGAGUUCAAGCUGAGUAAUGGAGAGAGGUACAAGGCUUGGAUUGAGUAUAGAAACUCCAAGGUUACAGUUACUCUCGCGCCAGAAACCGUUAAGAAACCUAAGAAGCCUUUGAUCGUUGCCCAUUUAGAUCUCUCUAAGGUUUUUCUUCAAAAUAUGUACCCCGGUUUUUCUGGUGCCAUGGGCCGUGGCGUUGAACGUCAUGACAUUUGGAGUUGGACCUUCCAGAACAGUGCCAAGAGAAUCUAAACCGGUUCUGUUCGGUUAUGCUUUUUCUAAUGUAUCAGAAAGUUGUAACCGGAAUGAAUAAAAUAGCAAAUUUUGUUGUUUUAAUUGUUUGUAUUUGACUAUUUACACAGUAUCCUAUCCUGCUAGGACCUGUGCACUUGUUGUUAUGUUGAUUCUUCAUUCUAAAAGAUUCUAAGUAGAGACCUGACACACAG